AUGAACAAUAGGGCCAUGUAACUUUUAGGAAUGAGCUUAAACGUUCUAAUCUCUGUUCUUCUUGCUCUCAUAGAGUGUUUCAUCAAUGAACUCUCAGAUUCAAUAAUAAUGGACAUUGUAUUCAUUUUAUGUGGCACUUUUUUCUCUUGGAUUUAUAUUACUCAACAAUUAGGAUGGAAUAAGGGAGAUAUAUCACCAUUUUUUUAUUGGGCUUUGGCUAUUAAAAGAAUAACUCUGGUUGGGAUAAACAGUAGUGAAUUCAUUUAUUUCUUGUUUGGCUUUUUAAAUGGAAUAUACUCAAAUAAAUUAGUCGUUAAGGAUUAAAAGAUGUAUUAUAAGUAGGUUAGAAAUGCUAUUUAAGUUAUUUUGAUAUCAGUUUUAAUAGUUUACAACUUUCUAACAAAUCCUUGCAAUCAUCAAAUAAUUUUCAUCAUCUCCAAUAUAAUUUUAUUAGUUCUCUUGGGAUUAUAUGAUAAUUACGAAUCUUAAUUUAUUGGUUCCAAAUAGGAGGGUUUCAAUACAAAUUAAAGAAACUCUUAAGUAGAAUUGAAAAAGUGUUAGACAAUAUAAUAACCUCAAUCAACCAAAUCAAUUUGGGAACAAUUUAAUUGCCUAACAGAUGAUUGGAUUUGUAAAAUUGACAUCAACAAAUUUAAAUUUAAUCGAACUUUGGAAACAAAAGAACAAUCUCUCGUUUUAUAAAAUUUUUUAUAAGAAAACAAAUCUAAUUUGAGUUAAUUUUUUAGCAAUCUGAUAAUUGUUAGAUAAUCCUAGAAUGCCUCCAUUAUUUCAUAAUUUGAAUUAUAAGAAAAUAAUACAUUUUUAUAAUGGUUAGAGAAAAAUUAUUUAUAAGAAACUCCUCAAAAUUUUAUAAAAUAGAAAUUAUUUAGUGAUAGGUAGAAUAUAAACUAGUAGGCUGAGGAUGAUUAAAAAUCUAUGCUAUCUCAUGAUAGGAGAUACAUAAAUCAAAAUGAUCUAUCUCAAGACCUCUCUGGAUUGUAACCCUUGCCUCUUAAUGUGGAUAUCUAAACCUCUAAUAAUAAAACAUUCUUGUAAUGCUAUCUUUGCCUUAACUAAAUUGUUUAUAAUUUGAGUUUAUCAAUAUUUCUAGUUGACGAUGAUAAAACUAAUCAAUCAAAGCAAUAGUCCAUCAUUAUUUAAAUGAAAAAUGUUGACAAGCUAAUUAAAAGUGAAAUUCUAGAUCAAUAAAGAUCUAUAUUUUAUAAACAUAUUGGUCGAUUGGCUACUCAUUCAGGAGAAAUACUAAAAUCAGUUAAUGUCCUGAAAAAGUCUCUAUAAUAAUAAUUAAAAGAAUUCGAUUAUUCUUUGUCCUUUAAUGACACCAUUUUCAAAAAAUCAGAAAGAUAUAUCGGAGGCAUUAGUAAUCCCUAUUAAGCAGUUCUCAAUCAUACUCCGGAAAGCAAUACAAAUUAAAAACUCACUUCCACUCACAGUAAUCCUCAUGAGAGUUAGAUUUUGAACUUGUAAUAAUUAUAAAUUGCAUAUUACUAACAAUCUUAGGAAAUACUUAAAUAAAUAGAAAAAUUAAAUUUCGAUCUAAUAAUGAUGAAACAAAACAAUUUUAAUUUCUUUGUAUUAUUUAGUCAUGCUUAAUUAGAUAUUGAAUAAAUUAAUAUAUCAAGUAGUUUUAAUAUUGUCAAAGAUAUUUUUUAAUAAAAUCCUAUCUUAAACCAGCACAACAUCAUAAUUACUUAAGAGAUAAAUCAUUAAACUUAAGUAAUCAUUAAAUCUGAUAAAAUGAAAAUUAAAUAAAUUUUAAUCAAUAUCAUUAAGAAUUCAAUAGAAAACUUUGAACUCAAUAAAUAAGAGAUUCAAAACGAAAAAAAUGAAAAUCUAUAAACUCAACAACGGCAGAUGAGCUCAAAAUAAGAUCUAAAACAAUAAAAUAUGAUCGUUUUUAAAGCACACAGUGAUUAAGAUAAGAUUAUUAUCGAAAUUUCAGAUAAUGGUGGAGGUAUAAAUGAAGAAAUGCUUAAAAAUAGAUUGAAUGAUUGCAGAUUUGGUUUAGAAGCUACUUAAAAACUAUUAAGAUUUUUGGCAUAUGAUACUCAAAAACCGAUGGAAAUUAUUAAUUAUGUAAAAGGCACUACUGGGGUUUAAGGCACUGUUAUUAAAUUUGCCCUACCAAUUUCACGAGAUAAUUUUUAAAUACACGAAGAAAAUAAGCAACACGAAUCACUAAUUAUUAACAAACGAACAGAUAAAACUUGA